AUGAACCACUUGGAGGGGACCGCGGAGGUGGAGGUGACGGAUGAGGCGGCAGGCGGGGAGGUGAACGAGUCGGUGGAGGCCGACCUGGAGCACCCGGAGGUGGAGGACGAGCAGCAGCAGCACUAUGCGGGCCGCCCCCCGCGCGGCCGUGCCGUCGAGGACCUCCGCGCCCAGCCCGGGCCGCAGCAGCAGGAGGAGGAGGAGCGCGGGGAGUGCCUGGCGCGCUCCGCCAGCACGGAGAGCGGCUUCCACAACCACACGGACACGGCCGAGGGCGACGUGAUCGCCGCAGCGCGCGACGGCUACGACGCCGAGCGCGCGCAGGACCCCGAGGACGAGAGCGCGUACGCAGUGCAGUACCGGCCCGAGGCCGAGGAGUACACGGAGCAGGCGGAGGCCGAGCACGCCGAGGCCACGCACCGCCGCACGCUGCCCAACCACUUGCACUUCCACUCGCUGGAGCACGAGGAGGCCAUGAACGCUGCCUACUCGGGCUACGUCUACACGCACCGGCUCUUCCACCGCGGAGAGGACGAGCCCUAUGCCGAGCCCUACGCAGACUACGGGGGCCUCCAGGAGCACGUGUACGAGGAAAUCGGGGACGCACCCGAGCUGGACGCGCGCGACGGCUUGCGGCUGUACGAGCAGGAGCGAGACGAGGCGGCCGCCUACCGCCAGGAGGCCCUGGGCGCGCGGCUGCACCACUAUGACGAGCGCUCCGACGGCGAGUCCGACAGCCCCGAGAAGGAGGCCGAGUUCGCGCCCUACCCGCGCAUGGACAGCUACGAGCAGGAAGAGGACAUCGACCAGAUCGUGGCCGAGGUCAAGCAGAGCAUGAGCUCGCAGAGCCUCGAUAAGGCGGCCGAGGACAUGCCCGAGGCCGAGCAGGACCUGGAGCGCGCCCCCACCCCGGGCGGGGGCCGCCCGGACAGCCCCGGGCUGCAGGCGCCAGUGGGGCAGCAGAGGGCGGCUGGCGGCGAGGCGGUGCAGCGGUACAGCAAGGAGAAGAGGGAUGCCAUCUCGCUGGCCAUCAAGGACAUCAAGGAGGCCAUCGAGGAGGUGAAAACCAGGACCAUACGUUCGCCUUAUACCCCCGACGAGCCCAAAGAGCCCAUCUGGGUCAUGCGCCAGGACAUUAGUCCCACCAGGGAUUGUGACGACCAGAGGCCGGUGGAUGGAGAUUCCCCGUCUCCUGGCAGUUCCUCACCCCUGGGUGCAGAGUCUUCGAGCACACCCCUUCAUCCCAGUGACCCCACGGAAGCCUCCACGAAUAAAGAGUCAAGAAAAAGCUUGGCUUCAUUCCCAACCUACGUCGAAGUUCCUGGACCUUGUGACCCUGAGGACUUGAUCGAUGGAAUCAUUUUUGCUGCCAAUUACCUUGGCUCCACCCAGCUUCUCUCAGACAAAACCCCCUCCAAAAACGUGCGCAUGAUGCAGGCCCAGGAAGCAGUAAGCAGGAUCAAGAUGGCCCAGAAAUUAGCCAAAAGCAGGAAGAAGGCUCCUGAAGGUGAGUCUCAGCCAAUGACUGAAGUGGAUCUCUUCAUUUCUACCCAGAGAAUCAAAGUAUUGAACGCCGACACGCAGGAGACGAUGAUGGACCACCCUCUGAGGACCAUUUCCUACAUUGCAGACAUCGGGAACAUCGUUGUGCUGAUGGCCCGCAGGCGGAUGCCCCGCUCCAACUCGCAGGAGAACGUGGAAGCCUCCCACCCAUCCCAGGAUGGAAAAAGGCAGUACAAGAUGAUCUGCCACGUCUUUGAAUCUGAGGACGCUCAGCUGAUUGCACAGUCCAUCGGGCAGGCAUUCAGCGUGGCAUACCAGGAGUUCCUCAGAGCCAACGGGAUUAACCCCGAAGAUCUCAGCCAGAAGGAAUACAGUGACCUGCUCAACACCCAGGACAUGUACAACGACGACCUGAUCCACUUCUCCAAGUCGGAAAACUGCAAAGAUGUCUUCAUAGAGAAGCAGAAAGGGGAAAUCCUAGGUGUGGUGAUUGUGGAGUCUGGCUGGGGAUCCAUCUUGCCAACCGUGAUCAUAGCCAACAUGAUGCACGGAGGCCCAGCGGAGAAAUCGGGGAAGCUGAAUAUUGGGGACCAGAUCAUGUCCAUAAAUGGCACCAGCCUGGUGGGCCUGCCUCUGUCGACCUGCCAGAGCAUUAUUAAGGGCUUGAAGAAUCAGGCCCGGGUCAAGCUGAAUAUCGUGAGGUGUCCCCCAGUGACCACCGUGUUGAUCAGGAGACCAGACCUUCGCUACCAGCUGGGGUUCAGUGUCCAGAACGGAAUCAUCUGCAGCCUCAUGCGAGGGGGAAUCGCGGAGAGAGGAGGUGUCCGCGUGGGACAUCGCAUCAUUGAAAUCAACGGGCAGAGCGUGGUCGCCACCCCACAUGAGAAGAUCGUGCACAUCCUCUCCAAUGCUGUUGGGGAGAUUCACAUGAAGACGAUGCCGGCUGCCAUGUACAGACUGCUGACGGCCCAGGAACAGCCCGUCUACAUCUGAGGCCAUGCCCUCCCUGGGCAGCAUGCAUGGAGGACUCUCCUCACUUGUGGUUGUGUUUCUCGUGCUGCAUCUGUGUGCCCGCUGAGACAUUCCCCUCUCAUACCCAGCACUCGGUUUGACACAGGAGGAAAAGAAUCCACAGAGACCUCCUCCUCUGUUCUCUGUCUCUCUCUAGUUUGGUUUUUUUUUUUGUUUGUUUUUAACACCAGGGAAGUUUUGUAUGCACUCCCUUGAGGCUGGAGAGCAGCCAGGAUCCACCCAGGAUCUUCCCAGGACCAUCCUGAAGGGCCCUUGGGGGUCCGUGAAGAGGGUUGUCACCGCUCAGAAAGAAUCUUCCCUUCCCAAGAGGUGCAGACCUCUUAGAAGGAGCUCCUAGGGGUGGUGAAGAAGCCGAUUCAGCAGUGCCUACCAUCCAACCGCUGAUCUCUGCUCUCCUCCAGUCAGUUUAUGGGAAUAUGGUAGUAACAGGGAGGACCAGCCCAUGUCUUUACGGAUAUGCCUGCCCACCGUGUACGUGGGGCAUCAUACGUUAUUUCUGCCCAGAAUUUCUGAGCCAACCUUAUGACUCUUCUAUAGCUAGUGUUAGUUUCAACAUAAUUGUUUUCUAAUGCAAACCUUUUCACCCAGGAUAGAAGGGGAACUGCCGUGGACAAGAAUACCUUCGUGUUGCAGAGAACUGGGCGAUUCCCAGGGCAUCCGUGGCUUCCCAAGGUUACCAGCCAUUAGCUAAACACAGGCAGGUGCUUCCUGCCGCCUCCUACAUCACACGUACGUACACAGUCCCACUUGCGUGUAUUUCAGCCUUCCCUCCUCCCUGCCGCCAGUGAGGCACCCAGAGCCCCUGGAAAAACCCACGUCACCUCCCUGUGAGGCCCCUUCCCCCAGCAGGUGAGGCCUGCAGGGACUGGGGAGCCCUGUCUGGAGAGAGCUGCCCCUCUGAGGCUGAGGCCCGGCCCUGCCGGCACCUCCUUGGCUAGAAGUGUCCUGGUGCACUCCCCUCGCGCCUACAGCCGGACACACACAUCCCACACUGGGAGUCUGGGAGCGAUGGACUGUUCCCCUUGAAGAUGAGGCCGGGUGGAAUCGUGUUAUGCUUACUGGCCCAAGGUGGGACCAGCCUUGUUCUCUGCUCAGGAGCAUGAGGCAGGAUGUGACAUUUGAGAGUCCAGAACAGUAUAUAAACCACAAAACUAAGGGGACAAUCAUGACCUCAAGCGAUGCCUAAGAAUCCCCAAAUGUGUUCCAGAAACAUCUUGCUGCCUCAUGGGCCUAAGAAAGCUUUUAUUUGGUGUGGAACGUUACGUGUUUUAUCAGGUGCCUCAUGUCCAUGGGUUUUUGUCUCAAUUUGGUGCAGAUGUUUUAGUAAUAUCAUGAUUCUGAGCCAGUUUUCACUUACUCUUGGUCCAAAGAGCAUUUUGUUUUCAUGUGGGUGGGGUGUGGCUUGCUUUGGUUUUUGUUUUGUUUUGCUCGUGACCUCUGCAAAGACAGGGGAAGAGAAACUAAUAUAUUUUGUGAUAUUAAUAUAGUCCCUGUUUUCAACAUCUGCGUUAUUUAUGUGUCCGUGGAAAUAAGAACACGGCGAGCACGUGUUGGAUAGUAUGGAUUUAUACGUCGAAUGGAGGGAUUUCAGGGAGGGAGAAAGUGAAUAUGAAAAGAUUGGGAGCAAGAUACUUGCGCCAGAGAGCUGUGUGGUUAGUGCCCCCGGGAUCUCUGUGCCAUCUUGUGUUUUCUGCUUAGAGUCAGGAAAGCCAGUGGUUUCAGCGGCGUCAGUGGCUGGACUCCCAGUGUGACCGUGGGACAGGCCCUGCUGAAGAGUGGCUGUGCUGCCUGCAUGUCCCCUUUAGGAAGGGGCUGCCCCUUCUCCAAGGGUCCAGGCUAGGCAGUCUGGGACCCCUGGAUGACUUUCGACGACACUUAGCCGAAUGCUGCUGGGAGACCAGCCCCAAGGCUGACCCACUGCAAACGUGAGGAGCCGGGAACCUCAGCUCCAUUUACCAAACCGUAGUGUCUGAUGACACAUAAUUAAAGAUGAAAGAGUCCUAAGUUCAUCUUUCCUUUGCCAGAAGGAGCGGGUAAAACAGGAAUGAAGCAUUCUGGGUGGUAUUUACAGGCAUGAGGAGCCUUGGGAAGUCACUGGAGAGAGAGGCUCAUGCCAUCUGCUCCCGGGGUGACCGCUUGAGCUGCCUGCUCGAGGGCCCAUUCCGAGCCACCGCAAUCGGCCAAGGGACGGGAACCCCACCAGCACGUCCCUGGGCAGCCUCCCACGUAAUUACAUAUGGCUCUUCACCCAAAGGAGAGAAGAGACAGAAUGUACUUUCUAUUGCUACUGCACAAAAGUCUUGGGAAGUUGGACAGGUUGUGAAAAGGCCAGUUUGGUGAACUCUCCUAGAAGGCUAACAUUUUAGCAUAAAUUAUC